AUGGCUUCAGUCCCAAGCGACUAUUUGCAGCGCGUCUACGCAGGCGUGCUGGGCAAGCUCGUUGGCGUCUACCUCGGGCGACCCUUUGAAAACUGGACCUACCAGGAAAUUCAGGAGAGACUCGGAGACAUCAAUUACUAUGUUCACGACAAGUUGGGCGUGCCGUUGGUGGUCAUCGACGACGACGUAUCCGGGACCUUUGCUUUCGUCCGCGCACUUGAAGAACAUGGAGCGCAUCCCGAUAUCUCGUCCAAAGAGAUCGGCAAAACGUGGCUGAACCAGGUGAUUGAACGCCGCAGCAUCUUCUGGUGGGGUGGAAACGGCAUCUCGACGGAGCAUACAGCCUUUCUCAACCUCAAAAACGGCACUUGUGCUCCUCUGAGCGGUGCGGCCUCGACCAAUGGAAAUACCAUAGCUGAGCAAAUCGGCGCCCAGAUCUUCAUUGAUGGCUGGGCCAUGGUCGCGCCGGGCAGGCCAGCCUUGGCCACACGAUUUGCGGAGUCUGCCGCCCGCGUGAGCCACGACGGGGAAGCGGUACACGCGGCCAAGCUGUGGGCAGCCAUGGAGGCAGAGGCUUUUGUUUCCAGUGAUAUUGAUCAUCUGCUCAGUGUUGGACUCCAAGCUAUUCCCGCCGACUCACUCAUCGCCAGGAUGAUUGCCGAUGUGCGGGAUUGGGCGUGUCAGGAGAAGGACUGGAGACAGACUCGCCAAAGGAUUGAGGACAACUAUGGUUAUGACAAGUAUCUAGGCAUUUGCCACGUCAUUCCCAACCACGCCGUCAUGAUCAUGGCUUUGUUAUAUGGGGGCCAUGACUUCCACACGGCCAUGCAUAUCAUCAAUACCUCUGGCUGGGAUACGGAUUGCAAUUCUGGUAAUGUUGCAUGCCUAGUGGCUCUCAUGCACGGGCUCUCGGCCUUCCAAGGAGGUCCGGAUUGGCUGGGCCCUCUCGCGGACCGAGUGAUCAUAUCAAGUGCUGAUGGUGGCUACUCCAUAAACAACGCCUCUCGUAUCGCCUACAACAUUGCCAAUCUUGGCCUUCGAUUGUCAAACUUGCCGGAAAUACCACCGCCAAAGAAGGCUGCACAGUUUCACUUCUCCCUUCCGGGUGGUGUUCAGGGCUUUCGGGCGACAGCGAACCAGGAGACGGUCUCUGUCAGCCAGGGGCUAAACAAUGGAAUUAACAGCCUCGUCAUUCGUGUUGAAGGGUUGCAGAGCAUGGAUGGUACCGCCGAAGUCAUGACUGACACUUUCACGCCGCUGGAUAUCCUCCAGGUUGACCGAAACUACGAGAUGAUGGCCUCACCUCUCGUUUAUCCCGGCCAGCUCUUGACAGCGGAGGUGUGCGCGGCUGGGAGUAGCACAGAGGAAGCUACAGCUUGUUUGCGAGCUAAAGCAUACGACGAGCAAGAUAACUUGAUCACCGUAGAUAGCGCCGCCACGACUUUGCUACCAGGGAAGGCGAGUAAGCUCGAGUGGUUGAUUCCCGAAAGCCUGCAGAACCGUCCUAUUCAACAAAUAGGUCUUGCCGUCAAGCCCAAACGGUUCCACUCAACUCUGGAUACGACGGUGUAUCUUGAUAGUCUCCGCUGGGAUGGGAUACCUCGGGUGUGUUUCAAACGGCCAGCGAACAAAUCCCAGAGCUUCUGGCGUCGGUCCUGGGUCAGCUCCAUCGACAAAAUGCACACAGAUAUGGGGCCAUCAUUUUUCCUCGCCCAAGAUAGGGGGGAAGGCAUCUUGAGCCAAGGUACUCGAGACUGGGACAAUUAUGAGGCGGUGGUCUCUAACUUUGUCGUCAACUUUGGCGGGCCAAUGGGCAUUGCCACCCGUGUUCAGGGUCUGAAUCGCUACUACUCUCUUCUGUUCAGCAAAACCAAGCGGGUAGCUUUGGUUAAAGCCGCAGAUGAGAAAAGGAUAGAGUUGGCAAGCGAGUAUUUCUAUUGGGAGCAUGAUGUCAAGUAUGAUGUCUCCCUAGCCGCACAAGGCAAUAAGAUCAUAGGUCGGGUCAAUGGCAUCGUUCUGGAGGCCAUCGAUACUGACUAUGCUGGCGGGGCAGUAGGCCUGGUUGUGACGGAUGGAUCAUUGUCGGCAGACAGCAUCACCGUAUCUCCAAUAGCUCAGUAG